CAGAUCCUUGCGCCUUCCGCCCACACCACUAUAUAAACUCGCUAGGGUUUACAUUUGGAGCCGCCGACGCACUUCUUCUUCUUCUUCCGUAUCUGCGGCACUUGGUCUCCUCGUACGCCGGGCAUCAUGGCGGAGCAGACUGAGAAGGCCUUUCUUAAGCAGCCGAAAGUGUUUCUUAGCUCAAAGAAAUCUGGAAAGGGGAAAAAACCAGGUAAGGGUGGCAACAGAUUUUGGAAGAACAUUGGGCUUGGGUUCAAGACUCCGAGGGAAGCCAUUGAAGGGACUUAUAUUGAUAAGAAGUGCCCAUUCACUGGAACCGUGUCAAUUAGAGGCCGCAUUUUGGCUGGUACGUGCCAUAGUGCAAAAAUGAACAGAACCAUUAUUGUCAGGAGAAAUUAUCUUCACUAUGUGAAGAAAUAUCAAAGAUAUGAGAAGAGGCAUUCAAACAUCCCAGCACAUAUUUCUCCCUGUUUCCGAGUGAAGGAGGGUGACCAUGUUAUCAUUGGGCAGUGCAGACCCUUGUCUAAGACAGUAAGGUUCAAUGUGCUGAAAGUCAUUCCAGCUGGAUCGACUGGUGGCGGUGGCAAGAAGGCCUUUGUGGCUGCUUGAGAGGGCUGUAUUUGGAGAUGAAAAGACUGCCCCCGGUGAAAAGAUUUGUGUUGUCGACCUUUAAAAUGUUCAAGAUUGCCUCUAGUUUUAUGUUAAUUUCAUUGUAGAACUGGUUUGUUUCAGAGGUCUUGCAGGAAUAUUUGAAUCGUUGUCAUUUUAAUAUGCAUUCUCAAGUUGAGUAGUUGUCUAGCA